GGGGCCGCGCAGGGAAGGUCCCCGCGGCGUUCGCGGAACCCGGGGCUGCUGUGGACGGCCGGGGUCGCCAUGAGCCGGCUCCAGGAUGACUACGACCCCUAUGCGGUGGAAGAGCCGAGCGACGAGGAGCCGGCGUUGAGCAGUUCUGAAGAUGAAGUGGAUGUGCUUUUACAUGGAACUCCAGAUCAGAAACGAAAACUCAUCAGAGAAUGUCUUACUGGAGAAAGUGAGUCAUCUAGUGAAGAUGAAUUUGAAAAAGAAAUGGAAGCUGAAUUAAAUUCCACCAUAAAAACAAUGGAGGAGAAGUUAUCCUCUCUGGGAACAGGGUCUUCCUCAGGAAAUGGGAAAGUUGGAGGGGUCCUGACAAAAUACUACGAUGAGAUAUAUUUUGAUUCUGAUUCUGAAGAUGAAGACAGAACAGUGACCAAGAAGAAAAAGAAGAAACGCCACAGAAUCUUGACGAAUGAUGAAUUACUCUAUGAUCCUGAGAAAGAUAACAGAGAUCAGGCCUGGGUGGAUGCACAAAGAAGGGGUUAUCAUGGAUUUGGAUUACAGAGGCCAUGCCAACGACAACAGCCUGUUCCAAAUAGUGAUGCUGUCUUGAAUUGCCCUGCCUGUAUGACUACAUUGUGUCUUGAUUGCCAAAGACAUGAAUCCUACAAAACUCAGUAUAGAGCAAUGUUUGUGAUGAAUUGUUCUGUCAACAAAGAAGAGAUUCUCCGAUACAAAAACCCAGCGAGCAGGAAGAAAAGGCGAGUAUAUAAGAAGAUGAAAUCUAGUCAGGAACCUCCUUCACAACAGGCUGAGACAGAAGUGGAAGAAAUCUAUCACCCAGUCAUGUGCACAGAAUGUUCCACUGAAGUGGCAGUCUAUGACAAGGAUGAAGUCUUUCACUUCUUCAACGUUUUGGCGAGUCAUUCUUAAACAGCGAACCUGGUGAUGGUAAUUAGUUGCCCAGGACUGUAUAUAAUGUGGACGGUUACUUUCUUCUGGCCUGUAUUCAUGUCAUUAGUCACAUUGAGUUAUUAAAGCAAUAUUUGAUCUUUUUGAGGAGAAUGGUUGUCAGCUUUUGUCUCCAUUCCCCCUCUCAUUAUUUCUGUUUAGUUUUCUCAUGAAUACUGAUGCACUCAUUAUUCAUUCCAUUUUUGAUGGACAUUUGUGAUCUUUGGGGCUUUUUAUUAAAGCUCUUUAGAAAUAAAAGGUUCUGAAGUUAUGAGUAA